CAUUUCACACUCCUCGUCGAUAGGUGGCGACAUAUUUUCGAGCUUUAUCCUCCCCGGACGCUUUGCACAACAGCUCAUCCAUCAUGGCGGCGCACAGAAUAGCAUGUCUUGGGUUAAAUGCCCUUUAUUCCACCGCGUGUGCGCCAAAGCAGGCACUGAGGACUUGCUGGGGAGCAGUCGAGCAGGUGAGAGGCUACUAUGUGGACUGGAGGAUGCUGAGAGAUGUCAAAAGAAGACAAAUGGCCUUUGAACAUGCUGAUGAAAGGUUACGGAUUAAUGCAUUGAGGAAGAAUAUCAUCCUACCAAAAGAACUUCAGGAGGUUGCAGACAAAGAGAUUGCAAAACUACCCAGAGACAGUUGCCCUGUGAGGAUACGCAACAGGUGUGUGCUGACCUCUCGCCCUCGGGGAGUGAAGAAGAGGUGGCGGCUAAGUCGUAUUGUCUUUCGUCACCUUGCUGACCACAAUCAGAUGUCCGGGAUCCUGAGGGCGAGGUGGUGACUGCGGCUUUGGACUCUGGAGUCAUACGAAGUUAUGAGAAACAUGCUAUCUUAGUGGAUGCAACAAGGAGGAUACAUCAUUUCAGACAUCCUGAUCUAUCCAUAUAUAUAUAUAUUAUAAAGAAUGGAAAUACCAAUCUGAAUCCAGAAAGUGUGCAUGUUCAUUAAAUAUACUGUACCCAAAAAUAGAUUAAUAAAUAUUGUUGUAUAUAACUGUUUUAAAAAGCGUCCUAGUUUAUUUUUAAAUUCUGCAAAGACAGCGAUGUUUGCCACCUAAGAAAAUAAAAAAACAAAUGUUGUGCGCUAUUUUGCAAAGUAAUCCUGCCUUAACAGUGAAAGUUUUGAUGAUUAUUUCACUUUACUUUUUGUUUUAUUGUGUGAUGCUUUCACCAGAACUGUAAAAUGAAAACAUGUUUGUUCAAAUUGGAAAAAAUCACGUCACUCAAAGUGUUAUCUUAAUAUAAAGAUUUAUGACGCAUUUCCAUACACCCAAAUAGAGUUAAGUGGUUGUACAUCAUUUUGAAAACUACUACCUUAUUUUUCACUUUUGAUGAUAUGGUGGUUAAGGUAUUUUUGACUGCAGAAUGUAACAUUUAAUUUAUAAUAAUUAAAAUAACCCCCAUUUC